UGACGGGACAACAAAUCCAGUGCUUCUCAACCCGGACAGACUGUAUUAUAUAAAGCCCGACCGCCAUCCUAGCAGAUAGUCAGUUUCCAGUCGUCCCAGACUCAACGCGCAACCUCGCGAUAACUCGCAGUAUCCCUUGCUCUGUAGUAUAGUCAGUCGGUGUGUACGGACCGUUUCUAUUGGUUUCAAACAUGGACGCGUAUGAAGGAAAAUGGGAAAUUCUCCCUGCAGAAGCAACAGGAUUUGACGAAUUCAGUGCCGCCAUAGGAGUUCCUGAAGAAAAACGGAACCUGAUGAAGAACCUGGUAUAUGUGGUGGAGUACAACAAGGACGGCGACAACUGGAAUGUCAGUUUACAAGUACAGGGGUCCGACCAGCCCAUGAACUUCUCGUGGACACCGGGGGUUGAGUUCGAGUACGCGGGACUUGAUGGUACCACCAUGAGGAGCACCAUAAAAUGGGAUGGAAGUGCUUGCCAUGAGGACCACGCCUCUGUUACUGGAAAGUGGACCUCGGUCAGAAGUGUGGACGGAGAUUCAAUGACACUGACAUCUGAAAGCAGUGGCGUCAGCAUGGUUCAGAAGUUUAAACGUGUCUGAUGUCAGCGGAACCACACAACCAUGAAACCUUUGACGUGGCCAUGUUUGAAGAGGUAUCACGGGUACCUGGCCUAAGUUUGAAAUAUUCGCGAUUGUGAUUGGCUGACAAUGCACAUUUGCAUCGUCAUUGGUGUAUGCUUCAUAUUGUUGCAAUGACAACUGCCAGUGUAUGCUCUGGGGAACAAAAGAUGCAUUUCAUGAGUGCAGUACUCUUUUUAUGAACGAUAUCAAGAGUUUACCAUUUAUUUCACGACUAUUUCUUUAUAUUUGGGUUGACAAUAUAAACAACGUCCCAUUGAUUAGUGUCGAGUUCGCCCGAGGUUCAAUGUUGUUUAAAAUUACAUAACAAAGCGCUAGAAAUUCUGAAUCUUUUAAGCGGAAAGGAUGUAUUCAUGUCUACUGAAACUGGCAGUGGUUGACGUUGCUUGGUAAUACGAGUAACCUCCCUUAUCCUUUUCCCUUCCCUCGGCGUUUGAUUUGUCAGCAGCAUGAAAAUCACGAAUUCGAAGGUCCAUUUAGGUUUACUACAAUGUGAUCACAUGCUCGAUAUGCCCGGUCUGUCGUCUGGUGGUACAAAUGUAUGCUAUUAAUGUAAAGCUUGGUUGAACAACAACUCGAGUGUCAUGUAUCCGCCUUGUUCACACUGAACGCAUAUAACAUUUGUCCUGAUCGUGAAUGUCGUAAUGCAUUGUUCGUUCAUGUAUAAUCUCCAGUCAUGUGUUCAACCUUCUUAAUUCCGUUUACUGUUAUUGAGAAAUGUAAACAUUAAUAUUACUGUCACAAAGUUUGCUAACUGUACGACCAUUUAUCAUUCGGUUAAAUUAAUGAUUAAUAUGUUUUGCUCAUUUUAUGUCUUUGGUAGCGACAAUACCGGUAACAACAUUGCAUCAUUAUUUUAUGCGUGAUAAUAAAUUUUCAUUCUGUUCA